AUGCAUAUUCUCAGCCAGAUAACGGACAGCGCCGCACUUCUCGCUCGUCAAGCAGCCUCAGCUGCCACAACAUCCUUAACAAGCGCAGCAGCUACCACAGCCACAGCAGCUGGCUCAACGUUCCCCACAGAUACUGCUACAGCGGCGAAUGCUACAUCUACUGGCAGUAGCGGUGGCAACGGCGGCGGGGGUGGAAACUCGCCAUUACUUUUCUUCGUGGCUCUUGGCUUUGGUGUUGUUUUCACAAACCUCUGGAUUAUUGUCGGGGUGAAAUAUUGUUUCCGCUACAACGCCAGAGCCCGCCAGCUACGACAGGCUACCGAGAACGGCGAGCCGAUAAAUCUCGGAAACAUGCCGCGUCAACAUCGCCGCCGGCGAGAGAAGAAGUUAAUGACCAUUGAUGAGGUCAAUGAGAAAUUUCCGAUGAUAAAGUACAAGAGCUGGGUGGCGACUAGGGCAAAACAUGGCCUAUCAACACUAGGCGGCAUCGACGCCCCAUCUCGCGCCAACAGUGUUCGCUCCGUGGACGGGGUCGUUGUCCAGCACAAGGAACGCGAGUCCUCCGACGAGCCGGAAGAAAGCAGAAAGCAAGAUAAGGUUGCUUUCACUGCAGCGAAAACCUCUGCAGUCGACGACGACGCUCUGAAGCAUACUGACACUGUUACCCCCAUAUCGCUCGACUCGCCGGUUCUGGAGGCGACAUCAUCAGUAGUCCUAGGUUCGCCGGCGCAGGCCGGCACCGUCUCUCACAGUGAGGAGGAAGCUGCUCACGCCGACGACCUUGUUCACGACCACGACCACCACAGCGAUGAUGAGGACGAUGAGCACAUCGAUGCAGCCCUGCCGCCCGAGUGUAUCGGCACUUCCGGCGAUACCUGCGCCAUCUGCAUCGACACCCUGGAAAACGAUGAUGAUGUCCGUGGUUUGACGUGUGGCCACGCCUUCCACGCCGUCUGUCUAGACCCUUGGUUGACAAGCCGCCGCGCGUGCUGCCCACUUUGCAAAGCGGACUAUUACACGCCAAAGCCCCGCCCGUCGCCCCAGGACAUUGCCGACGGCCAGGCCACUGGUAUCAUCACGGUUUCUAUUGGAGGAAAUGGCGAGGUCCGCCGUCACCGGAUCAACCUGUCCUCUAGACCCGGCACCUCCUGGACGACUUUCUGGUCGGCGUCGGGCCGCGCGCGCCAACCCGAGGCUGACGCCAACCUCCAGGUGCUGGAGGUGGCUCCCUCGAGAGCAUCUAUGCCUGGAGAAAACGACAGACUCUCCAGACGCGGCUUUUUCGGCAGGAGACGGGCAGCGACUCAGUCGGGUUCGGGCGAGCAGUCGCCUGACAACCAGCGCCCCGAGUCGACGAGGUCUCGUAGAAGCUGGUUUGGUAAUGCCCGUCCAUCUUUUCCAUCUAUUCGGGAUUUUACGAGGCGUCGGAGCGAGAACAACCGGUUGCAGGGCGCAGCGUCUGGAAACGCUGCUGCGGCUGUGGCUGAAGUGACACCGUCUCAACUGGAAGCCGGCGCUCAGAAUGAGUCCAGAUGA